AUGCAAUCAUCUCGAGUUCUUUUUGAGCUUCCUUUGACUCAAUCGCGAUCCGCUGAGCUGAAGAAGAUCAUCAUGGUGAAACAAUUCUCGGCCUACGCCGCGUUGGCCGGUUUGAUCGCCGCCGUAUCGGCUCGUCCGACUGCCCGAAGCACCGAAGCCUGGGGUCAACUCCGUGAGAAUAUCAAACAUGUAAUCUAUCUCACACUGGAGAAUCACUCGUUCGACAAUAUCGCUGGGUACUGGGACUUCAACCCAGACAUUGACAACUUGCGCGGCGUCACAUACUGCAACGAGUACACCAACCCCAAUUGGACAGUGUGGGGGGAGCCGCUCAAAAUAUGUGCGGCGCCCUACGAGACCGAGGUUCCACUGAAAGAUCCGGACCACAAUUUUGCCGGCGUCACCUAUGAAAUCUUUCGUAAGUGGAACGUGACCAAGGAUGAUGUCCCCAAUAUGGCUGGCUUCGUGGAGCGCCAGUCGGAGAAGUACUCGUCAACUCCGGGAGACACCUCCUUUGUCAUCCAGGCCUACAACCAGAAGAAGACGUCCCUACUAGCGGAGCUUGGUCAGAACUUUGCCUUCUUCGAUUCUUAUUUCGCUGAGCACCCCGGCCCGACCAAUGUUAAUCGGCAAUUCGCAACCUCUGGUUCUUCUUGCGGCUUUGUCGACAAUACGGACCAGUCUGCUGGCUUCUGGAACAAUGUCACGGGAACCACAUGCGCAACAUCGAUCUUUGAAUCGCUAAGCAAUAAAGGCAUCAGCUGGAAAAAUUAUUACGAAACGGACAUUGUGGAUGCAUAUAUGUAUAAGUGGACCCAAGACAACGCUAUGGACCAGCUAGUGCACGCCGACGAAUUCUACCGUGAUCUCGAGGAGGGAACGCUGCCUACGUUUUCUUAUAUCAACCCAGAGUGCUGCUCAAUCGAUUCGAUGCACCCGACUAGUCCCAUGGCAACCGGGGAGCAAAUGCUCAAGCACUUGUACGACGCACUCCGCCGGUCCAAGUACUGGGAUAACGCGCUACUCAUUAUCAACUUUGACGAGCACGGCGGCUUCGCAGACCACGUCCCUCCACCAAUGAACAUUCCUCAGCCUGAAGAUGGCAUCACCUUUACUGGCAUGUCCGACGACCACCAUGUCACCUACGACUUUACCCGUCUGGGCGUUCGUUCGAUCCUGCAUUUCUUACAGGAGCUCUGGAACCUCGAGGGCCUGAAUAAUCGCGUGCAGUGGGCUAAGACUUUUGAAUCGGCCUUCACGGCCACGGGACGUGAUAAUACGCCUCAGACUCUGAGCACGCCUACCUGGUACGGUGGCAGUGGUCAACCUGAGCCGGAAACCUUUCGCCUUUUGAACCAGGAUGAGAGCUAUUAUGCUGCCCAGUAA